GGCAACACCUGGGAAGGUGCCAUUACAGAUGCUCAUUUUGCGAAACUUGGAGGCCUGAGAAAAUUAUCAAUUGGAAAUAAUUCCCCUAACAUUUCCUUGGUUUUCAACAUAAGUUCUGAUUGGAUACCUCCUUUCAAAUUAAGAUUCUUGUACAUUAGAUCAUGCCAACUAGGUCCCAAAUUUCCUGCAUGGCUUAGAAAUCAGACUGAGUUGACCACGGUGGUACUUCGAAAUGCUAUGCUUUCAGACACCAUACCAGAUUGGUUUUGGCAGUUGGAUUUGCAAUUAGAUAUUCUAGAUGUCGCUUAUAAUCAAUUAAGCGGCAGGCUGCCGAAUUCAUUAAGAUUCAGCUAUUCUUCCACUGUUGAUUUGACUUCAAACCGCUUUGAAGGCCCACUUCCACUCUGGUCCUCAAACAUUACCUGGCUGUAUCUUAGAGAUAAUAUAUUUUCGGGGCCAAUUCCUCAUAACAUUGGUCAAGUGAUGCCCAAUUUGACAUAUCUAGACAUUUCUAGGAACUCUUUGAGUGGAAGCAUUCCCCUGUCCUGUGGUAAUUUAAGCCAAUUAGAAUUCAUGUUUAUCUCAAAUAACCACUUGUCUGGUGAGAUUCCUCAUUUUUGGAACAAUAUACCGUUAUUGUUUAUUGUAGACAUGUCGGACAACAGUCUCUCUGGUACAAUCCCAAGAUCCUUAGGCUCUCUUACUUUACUCAUGUUCUUGAUCCUCUCUAGCAACAACCUUUCAGGUGAAGUCCCUUCCUUUAAAAACUGCACUUACCUUAAUAUUCUUGAUCUUGGUGAUAACAAGUUUUCUGGACCGAUUCUGGCUUCUAUCGGAGAAAGCAUGCCCUGUUUACAGAUUCUAAGCUUGAGGUCCAACUCAUUUACUGGAAGCAUCCCCUUGAAAUUAUGUGGCCUUCCCACUCUCCAUAUAUUGGACCUCUCACACAACAAUCUUUCCGGAAAUAUUCCUCACUGCAUAGGUAAUUUGAGUGGCUUGAAAUCUGAUUACACAUCUGAAGAUACAAAUGCCUUCGGUUACCAGGGAGGAUUGGAGGUGGUGUUAAAAGGAAGAGUGCUUGAAUAUGACUCCAUCCUUUACCUUGUUAAGAGCAUUGAUCUCUCGGACAAUAACUUGUCAGGAGAGAUACCUGUGGGGAUAACAAGCCUAAUAAAGUUGGGCACCUUAAAUUUGUCCAUGAAUCAUUUGACAGGAAAUAUACCACCAAAUAUCGGAAACUUGGGGUUGGUAGAAACUCUUGACCUAUCAAUGAACAAACUUUCAGGUUCAAUUCCACAGAGCAUGGUUUCUUUAACAUUUUUGAGUCAUCUGAACCUGUCAUACAAUAACUUGUCCGGGAAAAUUCCAACGGGUAACCAGCUUCGGACCUUUGUUGAUCCGUCAAUUUAUGAGGGCAAUGCCGAUCUUAGCGGGUGUCCAUUACCAGCUGGUUGCCAAGACAAUGAAGAAGCACCUCAAGUUCCAAGUGGAGAUGGAGGAGAGGAUGAUGAUAGUAAACUUGAAAAGCUACAGUUCGUCAUCAGCAUGGUGAUAGGUUUCUGUGCAGGGUUCUGGGGAGUUUUUGGGACUUUGGCCAUGAAGAGGUCUUGGAGAUAUGCCUAUUUUCUCUUCCUUGACAAAGUGAAAGAUGCUAUCCUUGAUUUUGUCUCAGCCAUUGGUACUUAUCUGCAAAAAAGAUCAUAGAGCACAGAAGAAGCUACAAAUGCGAAGGCAUAUAUGUA